CAACGAAAUAAUGUGUAUACAUACGGAUCGAAGAUUUGAAGUGGCGGAGCGGAAUACCACGUGUCCCGUUUGCGCAUGAUCGUACGCAUAGUUCAUGUGUUUCGUUUCUACACAAAAACACCACGCCACUGCAUCAGGAAACCUCGUGCCGCACAUCGCAAACGAUCACCGAUGCGUCAUCGCGUUCCGAGAAGAACAUAGCUCGAGGAAGAAGAGGACGAGCGAGAAACGUCGCGCGCUAGUGUUGCGAGUCAAAGAAAUCCCGAGGCCCCGACCAGCUGAUUCGGAGUCGGAGCGGCACCAUCUUGCGCUCCCGGGCUCACGAAGACGCGUGAUGGAACAUUGUCAUCGACGAUUGACAAGGACAUUGCCAACGAUGUGGCCGAUACCGACGAUGCCGACAAAGAUGCACGAAUCGGAGUUUUAUUGUUUUUACGUAAAGGAAACAGCAGAUAACAAAUCUGGCAAGAAUAUUUUCUUUUCGACUCUGCUUAACUUGGACUUGAAGUUGCUGCGGACAAAUCUGAGGAAGUUAUUUGGAGUGCCAGAAAAUAGACGCAUUUUCUACAUCGACGAUGACGGAGACAAUGUUCCGAUCGAUUCGGAAUGUGAGUUUCAUGAGGCAUUGAAGCUCGCAAAAAAUGCUUUCAAGAUGAAUAACGCAAUUCCAUUGAUUGUGGGAUCUUUUAACUUGUCAAACGAUGAAACAUUUUCUUAUAUGCACGAGAACCGUUUAGACAAAGAACAAUUAGGGAAUGUCGAUGUCAAUCCGACAUGGAAGGGGAAUUCAUGGAAUGAUAUUUUUAUUUUUCCUGACCCUUGGAUACCGCUUUUUUUCUAUGAAUCCCAUACACUCUCCAAAGACACCAUUUACUCAAAGAGAAAAAUGGAUCUUGAACACGACGAACAAAGGCAUAUAAACUAUAAAUUGUUGAAUCAAAAGAGAUUAGAUGCAAAACAAUGUAACGAAUCAAACGAGACAAAAGUUCGAACGGACGAACAGACGGAAUCGAAGGACCUGGAUGUUCAAGGGGAAUUGAAGCCUUUGUUACAGCACUGUUCGGAUGCUUUGCCUCCUUUGUGGUUUACAAAAUACAUGGAAUCGAUGAAGAAAGACAUGGUGUCCACAAUUACUAAUGAAGUGGUGGAAAACGUAACAAAGGCGCUGACCGAACGCUUGGAUUCUCUUAUGUUUUCGUCGCUUAAGAAUCAGUCUGGAAAUCAGUCUUCUUCUUUCGCACGAUAUCCUCAAUGCUCUUCGGAUUCAAACGAGGACAACCAAAAGAAGAUAAAAUCUCAGAACAAGCAACAGUUGAGUGAUGUGUCGAUCGAAUGCGUGGACGAAUCGCAAAACAACACCAUGAAAAAUAUACAGAUGAAGAAAGAUGUAAUAUCCACAAUUACCAACGAAGUAGUGAAAGAAGUGACAGAAUUGUUGGACAAAAUUCCUGUGGAUUCUCUUACACCUGUCUCGUCCAAAGAUCCUUUACGAAACCAAUUUCUUUCGCAUUUUCCUUCUUCGACACGACUUUCCCAAAAUACUUUCGAUUCGUAUUUGAAUGAGAAGAAUCAAAAAACGAUAAAAUCUCAGAAUAAGGAGCAAUCGAGUGAUAACAUUUCAACCGUGACAGUGAACGAAUCGUCGCGAUAUUCGAAAAUUCUGGAAAAUUGCACGCGAUUGUUGCAAAAGAGACUUAUCGACGACGCGAUUCGUGCGAAUGCCGAGAAGGAAAAAAAGAAAAGGCAACAUCAGCAAAUCACUCAAACAAUCGUUGACGUGAGCGGCAACAGCGGAAGAGAAAAAGAGCAAUCCGUUCAGAACAACACGCGAGAGGAUCUGAUUUCUCAGAAGAACCUGCCUCUGCAAAUGGAUUCGAAACUGUCCAACGACAGAGUUUAUUUAGAGAUGUAUAAACUGGUAGAAAAGGAGCUUCGUAUGAAUUGCUCUGUCACAGGACAUCAAAUGUUGAAUGAGGAUUUCCUUAAUAGAGACAUCUGCGAUACCGAGAAGGAUGUACCGUACAACUUGCCUAGUUCCUGGUCGUACAAUCAAGAAAAGAAGGAAGAAAAGGAAAAGGAAGAAGUUGACGACGCUUUCGAAAUCAUCCAGAUACCUGCUUUAAAUGAUGAUUAUACCUUAUUUAUACCUUUUGAAGAAUCCGCCAUCGAACAACAGCACCACGAUAGCAAUCGAGAUUCGCCCAGCUUCGAACUACUUUCUGAACCGCCUUCGCCGCCGAGCUCCAUACACUUAAACGAAGAUCAUUUCUCGGCAAAUGAAGAAAAGCUUGAACUACAAUUUAUGAAAACAAAUUCGAGCGAUCCCAUUUAUGUGAUGGACGUCCAUGGCAAGAUCUUUAAUGGCGAACAUCAGAUGACGAAUCCCGACGAAUGUGUCAAUGUCAACUUGAAAAAACAACCCGAUGUUACUUAUUUUUUUGCAGAGGAUAAAGAUCUUUUGACGGAGGAUGAGGACGAGGCACAUUCUUCAAAGUCAUCGUGCGCGGAGCAUCAGUCGAAUGAGCGAAAAAGCUCUCGAGAUAAUGCAAACAGUUCGUAUGAUGACGUGAGAAAUUCACACGCAAGUUAUCUAACUGUUCAAACUCACUGCGAUUCAAAGACGCAGUCACAAUGUAGCUGUCAGUCACAAACCGACUCUGGUGACUUUACACAAAGCUUCCACUCGCAUACUACGUCGGUCACCGACGACACUACUGAUAUAUAUGUUCACACUCAAGUCAGAAGUAUGUAUAAUGAGCCGGUAAUAACGACAACCAAGGAUGUACGAGAAACGACAACAACGGCGACGGCGACUCCGAAAAACAACCACGAUGUACGCGUGGACGGUGGUUGGACAAAAGAAAUUAGAACAAACGAAAAAUAUCGCCACAAAUGUUCAAACAAUUAUCCAGAAUACUCAUGCACACCGAACAACAAUUGUUCCUGUUCGCGAGAUUCUUCUUUCGGUGCUUCAUGUCAGUCUUAUCGGGCGAGUAGAUCCUCGGACAGAUCAUGCUCCAAUAUAGGAUCGAGAAAGACAUCUGGUAGUGAACAAGCACUGCUGAACACCGCCGAUUCUGUUCACAUCCUGCCGGAGACGCUGGUCAGCGCAGCCGCGCAAGUCGGCUCGUUCGCUUACGACACUGCUCGUGAAAUGUUCGACAAGCUACGUGCACAUACGAAGGAGGAUCCUCUUAAACGCCGCGGCGGAGUAAAAUGCGAGAACAAAAAACCCUUCCCCGUCGGCCAUCUGCCGUUCUACUAACGAAUUUCUAAUCACGAGCCUUUGUUAGAGUUAAUAGACUAAGCGCUAUACAAGAUUGCUAAAUAAAUUCACUGUUAGGCAAUGGGUAAGUAACGCAGAUCGCAAUUCGCGAGUGCGUGUUUUCUUCAGGUACUUGAAGCACGGUAUAUGUAUAUGGAACGGCGCUUUAGUCGUUUAUAUCAUACUCAAGGAUUUCGUAGUUUAUGCGGUGAAUAAAAUUGAAUUUCGUACAUCGAUAAAUAAUUUACCGAGAAAUAUCGAAUGUACGGAAUGUUUCAUAAUUAACGAAAAAAGAAAUUUCAACCGUAACUGAAUCAGUAGAACGAGAAUUUCUAUAGAAGAAACGGCAAGGAAUGUUGAAACACAUUCUGUGUAUAUAUACGAGUAAUUCUUAAUUGCAUGCGAUGAAUAAGAAUCUCCCAAAAAAACAUCCCAAAAACAAAGUGUUCUUUAUGGAUAAUCAUGUUUCAAUUUAUUGCGUGAAAUUAAGUAUCACUGUAUAUGUGAUAGUAUUCAUCAGUAAUGGUUUACGCUAUAGCAUAAAAUGUCAAAAUUGAUCGUAGUUGUUUUUAGAAUUAAAGAACGGUUUACAUGUUAAAUAAAAAUAAAAUGACGAAAGCGAUGAGAAAAGAAAAGAUAAUUUUGAGUCGGUAAGAAAUAAAGAUGGAUUUUUAAGGAAAAUUCUUCCGUGUUGCAUAUUAGAGGCAAAUUGACGAGGCGGAUUUCACUUCUGUUUGUGUACUUCUUUCGACAGAAUGAAAAAUGGUACAAUUUCUAAAAAUUUAAUUUUUAAUGAUAAAAGUAUACGAAAAAGUGAUCUGGUGAUCAAAAUUUUAUUUACUCGUGAAUAAAUAUAAGAAUAUUUAUUGCAUUUGAUGUCCGAAAUUAUAUAUUGGUAUCAAUCUUGAAAUGAAAGGGCGGAAUAUAUAUUAGGGCUGAAUUGUCAUUGUUGGCCUAUGCGGAUGAUUUUGCGAAUGCAGGGAUAAUUGCGAUUCAAUCUUUGAUAAAGACAUUACCCUGCAUAUUGGGGUUUAGCGGGAAAAUUGUUGCCUGCUGACAGUCUUUUCGAUCCAAAAAAUCAAUCAAGAUUAUUAUUUCUCCGCAGCAUAUGCGUUUUGAUGAUAAGAAUCCAUCGACACUGAAUAUUUACGCGACUUAUUGCACUCUCGAGAUUAUCGAAUCAUAUGACACAUUGUUGUUUUGCUAGAGCUUGUGAAAACUUAGCCGGAUUUGUAGAAAUAAAUGUUAUAGAUACAAACACA